AUGACCGCCCAGACUUUUCGUCAGAUCUCAACUCAUAAUCUCAAGACAUUCCGCCGCAAUUAUGUGUCGGAGAUUUCGGGAUCGCUCGGCGAUCUCGGAACCUUUCUCCCCAUCGCCAUAGCUCUGGCCAUCAACGGUACCGUCUCGCUGUCCAGCACCCUCAUCUUCUCGGGGCUCUUCAAUAUUUUGACCGGUCUGUUCUUCGGCAUCCCACUUCCUGUGCAGCCUAUGAAAGCAAUUGCCGCUGUAGCAAUCGCCAGAUCCUUCAACAAUGGCACCAUUGCCGCCGCCGGAAUCUUCGUCGGCGCGUGUAUUUUAAUAUUCAGCGUCACUGGCCUUCUUCACUGGUUCGCAGACGUGAUUCCUAUCCCCGUCAUCAAGGGUAUCCAGGUCGGAGCUGGCUUAUCCCUUGUCAUCGCAUCUUGCGGGAAUAUCCUGUCGUCCCUUGGAUGGGUCGGGCCGUCAUGGGCGGAUAACCGGAUCUGGGCCAUCGCGGCGUUCGUCUUCCUCAUCAUUACCAAUGUCUACCGCAAGUGCACUGGUAGCCGACUUGCCGUCUCUCACGUUCUGGCAUCCUUAUACCGUCGUCCCCACUCCCGAACAGUGUCCGUGGGUGCUCUUGAUGCAGGUGUCGGGCAGAUUCCGCUCACGACGCUGAACUCCAUCGUUGCUGUCGUGCAUCUUGCGGGCGACCUGAUCCCGAACGUACGUACGCCUUCAGUCACGUCUAUCGGGCUCAGCGUUGCCGCAAUGAACUUGAUAGGCUGUUGGUUCGGCGCCAUGCCUGUUUGUCACGGUUCUGGCGGGCUGGCAGCCCAGUACCGAUUCGGGGCUCGGUCUGGCUCCAGCGUGAUUUUCCUGGGCUUCCUGAAGCUGGUGAUUGGUAUCUUUUUCGGUGAAAGUCUGGUGGGCCUGUUGAAACGGUUCCCUUCGGCGCUGUUGGGGGUGAUGGUGAUUGCUGCAGGACUGGAGCUGGUCAGCGUGGGAGAGAGUCUCAAUACCACGGGGGCCCGGGAUAUUAUGAAGGCCAGUUUUGGAAUUUUGGGUGAUGCCAGGCAAGAUAUUGCGCCGAUGCUCAGUGAUGCAGACCGCAAGAGACGAUGGACGGUUAUGAUGGUCACCGUGGGGCUGCUGGUUGGGUUUAAGAAUGAUGCGAUUGGAUUCCUGGCCGGUAUUUUGUGCCACGUCGGCUAUGAGCUGCCUGGUCUCUGGGCAAAAGUACGAAAUCGGUGGAACGAGGGUCGGGUCAGAUUACCAUGA